AUGAUAACAAUUGGACUUAUGAUAGUAAAAAACAAAACUAUAGUUUGUUUUUUGGAAAGGAAGGUUUUAGAUAUGAGGGUAAUACUUAUAGGACUUGAUAGAGGAUGAUGAAAUCUACCCUAAACACUUCCAGCUAGACAGGAGCAGUUUAUGGCACCUCUGCCAUAAACCACGAAUUGGAUUAGUGCUGGUUGGAACGAUGGGGUCCUAUUAUUUAGACAUAAGAAGCUUUACACCUCUUUUUUUAUGUUAGGUGGCGCAUGAAUUAAAACCAUCAAAUUUCACUAAUCUAUCUAUAUUAAUUCACAUAUGCAGCUCAUCCCUAAGUUUUGAUAUUUUUCCACUUUGCUUCUAAAUUAAAUAAUCACAUUUCAUAAUGUAAAUACUUUUAUAAUAGAGAAUCAUUUUUUGCAUAUCAUUAUUUUAAAAAUUCUUUUUUUUACAAAUAUGCUAAGACACUCAGAAUCUUAAGAGCUAGUUAACACCUGUCUAAAAGAAUUGGAUCAAUAGCUAGAAGUAAAAUAUAAAUUACAAUAUAUAUCAGUAGUCCUUUGCAAAAAACGAAAGUAUUCAACAACACCUUCUUGAAUAAGCCCUAAAACUGAACCAAACAAGUUAAAAAUUAAGUUGGAAGACAUUAUCGUUCAUGAAGUGAAUGAGAUUCAAAAACAUAAGAAAUUAGAUAAAUAAGUGAAGGAACUAAAAGAGGAAGAACAAGAAAUCGAACAAGCUUAUGUCAGAAAGGAAGAUUUGUAUGAAAUAUUGUCUUAGAUGAGCAACAUUGACUUUGAUUAGAUAUUGGAAAGGAUUAGGUUGGAAAAAAUACCAGAUGCCUACAAUACCUAUCUAGUAAGAGCAAUUAAGCAUAUCUAAGAUGAGGUUAUUUAUGAUUAUAACACAACUUGA